CACACUGCCUCCCCGAGGGGGUCGCGAGGGGCGAGGGCUGAGAGGAGGGUGGCUCAACGCUCUCUGCUCUCUCGCCCUGCGCUUCUGCUGCCCCCUCCGCCGCUCCUCACCGCCCCCCGCGCCGCUCAUCUGUCCCUCUCCACCUGCCCCGCAGCCGCUCCUCUGCCCCCCCUCCCCGCCGUGGUGCGUGUGCAGCAUGGAGCCGGAGCGCGACAUGGCCGAGCCGGAGCGGAGAGAGCGCGCCGAGCCCCUGAGUGCCGUGGAGCGCGCCAUCGUCCAGGACACCUGGGGGCGAGUGUAUGAGAACUGCGAAGACGUGGGCGUGGCCGUGCUCAUCAGAUUCUUUGUGAACUUCCCAUCUGCCAAGCAGUACUUCACUCAGUUUCAAGACCUGGAAGACCCUGAGGAGAUGGAGAGGAGCUCCCAGCUGAGGAAGCAUGCUUGUCGUGUCAUGAACGCCAUCAAUACAGUGGUGGAAAACAUCCACGAUCCAGAGAAGGUCUCAUCUGUGCUGGAUCUGGUGGGCAAAGCCCAUGCUGUCAAACAUAAAGUGGAACCCAUGUACUUUAAGAUACUAAGCGGCGUGAUUCUCGAGGUUCUCUCUGAAGACUUGGGUGAAUGUUUCACCGAUGAGGUGCAGGUGGCCUGGACCAAACUGAUGGCACUGCUCUACUGGCACAUCACUGGAGCGUACCAAGAGGUGGGCUGGGUCAAGCUCUCCAGCUCAGCUGUCUGAAAACCGGCCCGGAUCACACACCUCCACGCAUGGUGCAUUGCCCUCCUACUGAAUGUUCUGAAAAGGAGUGGCAAGUUAUUGAUAAAGCAAAAGACUGGUUUUAUCCAAACACACACCCACUCCUUCUUCAUUUAUUUUAGUUCUUCUUGAUCAACUUGUGUCUUUAUUCAAACUAAACAACUAUCUCUUUUUAUUUCCAUUCCUGUUUUGAUUUAAUUGAAGAACAUAUUUUACAUCAACCAUUCAUUCAUACCACCAAGCAAAAAAAAUGAACACAUUAUCAUUUAAAUCUAUUGAUAGCCAGACAUUUGACUUAAAAUUAAUUUUCUAUUUCAUGCAAAUUGAGCUUAUAUAAAAAUCAUUCUGUCUAGCAUCUAAAUGAUUGUUCAGGUUUCCCUCUGGUGGAAACUUUAACCAUUUAUUUAAAACGCUACAAAAGAAAGGGAUGGAGAAAUGAAAGAAAAGCUAGAUUGUAUCUGCUAGAGUGUACUUCUCUACUAGAAUUUAUACACUCCAUAGAUCACUAGCUUUGUGCCCUUGAUUACUUGAAGUGUUUAAUAUAACAACAGUUUCCUAUUAGAUUUCUUUUGUAAGCUAGAACCCCAUAAUUAUCCAA